AUGGAUGCUGGGCAGGUGGGUACUGCAGAGGGGAGCCCUGCAUGAGCUAGUCAACAUGCAGGGCGUUGUAGAGAACACUCUUUCUAGGGAGCAGAGAACUGUUCUGUCUCCACUGCACCCUGCUCAAGGUUUCCAUCUUCUGCUUGAGCUCUAUGUUGAUAUUGAUGUCCACCAGAAUUUGGGACCUGGCUGCCUGGUUGCACUUGCCUCUCCAAAACAGAUUCCCAAGGACUGACUCUCACUGGCACCCCAAACUGAGCUGUCUCUGCUGUGUUUCCUGACAGGCUGAACAGGAAGUGCGUGUUCAAGCAGCUGUGGGAAUUCGACAGAUACCAGGUAUAGUACUCAACAGCUGGAGAAUGGGAACCCGCUUUCUUUGGGGAUGGCUGCAUAGCACCAAAAAACUUUGCUGUAUCCUAUUCUACACUAUUCCUUUUUCAUAUUGGCUAAUUACAUAAAAGCAACAAUAACAUUUAGGGGAAACAGGAACCUUCUCUGCAGCCUACAGUGAGGAACGACCUCUUCUUAGCAAGAAUAAAAAUGGCCUUGAGGAGUGACAUGUACAGAUGUGAGCAACGAGGGACUAGCAGGAGUUGGCAAAAGCUAAUUUUCCUUGUCCCGUUUUUAUUGAUGGCACCUUUUUGUAAUAGUAAAGAUUGUCUUCCACUUUGACAACCCCUUCCUGCUUUCAGGUCAAUGCUGCCUGCUUACCAUUGUGGGCUGUCUUCUCCUCUAUUCCCAUAUGUGGUGUGGGAAUAAAUGUCUGUUGCCUUCUUGAUCCAAGAAUGUCUUUAGCGAGUAGUUACUAGGUACUGUUGUACUUCACUUCUCAAUCCUGUCAAUCUUUAUUCUGAUUAGAAAAUCUAGCUGAAACACUCUGUCAUUGGCCCUAAACCACAUGGCUUCAUGAUGUCACCUAAAGGACCCAGCAUCAUUCAGAGACCUUUACAGAAAAGGUUGUGCCUCUCAGAGAUUCCAGGGAGCCUUUGGGGCUGAGAGAUGGACUACGUGUGCUGAGGCUUCAGGGUUCUUGCAAGAUGCUAAGGGGGAUAUGGGUGUUCCUAAAUCAUCUGCAUAACUCUUGAUUCAGCAGUUCCACAGCUAACCCUAUCACAUGCUAUAUGCUAGGCAUACGCAGUGCUUUUUUUCCUUUAAAAAAGUUUAGGGGUACUCUCAUUUGCCUACUCAUAUUGAAAUACUGCCCCUCAAUGAGGCCAAAUUUAGAUUCAAAAAAUGUUCAGGGGUAUGCUUACCCCUGCGUCUCUCCAGAAAAAAAGCACUGGGCAUAUUCAUAAUUUCCUUUAAAAUAGUUUCUCUGCCGCAACUUCCACUUUAUCAAACUGCACGACAAUAGUAGGCCACAAGCUUAACACGAGUCAACAGUGUGAUGCAGCAGCAAAAAGAAAGUUAAUUCAAUUCUAGACUGCUUCAACAGAAGUUAUAGUGUUCAGGUCAAGGGAAGUAAGAGUACUGCUCUACUCUGUUGUCUUGGUCAGAUUCCACUUGGAGUACUGUGUCCAGUUCUGGGCACCACAGUUUAAGAAGGGCAUUGACAAGCUGGAAGGUGUCAGGUGUCAGGAGCAGGUCAAGAAUAAUUUACACGGCUUCAGUGAAGCUAACUCUUUAUUCAAGAAACCAGACAGCUCAGGAGAUCAGGCCUAGAUGGCACAGCAACUCUCCCCAGUAGAACUUGCCCCAUGAGGCAGUUGUGGGGACUGAAGUUCCCGCCUUCACACAGUUCCCUAAGUCUCUUCCUCCCCCAGUUCCUUCCCUAUCUGAGGCUCCAUUGUCUUGCCUGUCUGAGGUGGGGGGGAAGCAGCAGGAGGGGGAAAGCCUGGCUUCCUCACCAUCCUGACUCAUCGCUUCCUCUUGGCCCCCCUCGUCUCCAGCCUCCCCUUCUGCCUCUGAGUCUGGACUGUUCUCUGCCAUAGCCUCUUCCUGCUUACUAGGCCCUGUUACCUCUUCAGCUUCUGACACCUCUUCCUCCCAGUCUGAUUCCUCUGACCACUCAUCAUUGUCCCACCACCACUCCCUGGACUCUGAGCCUUCAUCCCCUGGGGGUUCCCCAGCUGGUGCCUCCCACCACUCUUCUGUGUCCAGCCAAACCAUGGCAGACAGCAGAGGAAGGUUGGACUGAAUGACUCUUUGGGUCCCUUCAAACUUUACAAUUAUAUUAUUCUAUAAUUAAUCCUAUAAGUAAGGAGUCUGAUUGAAUCAUUUUAACAUGGAGAUAAUAAGUUAUGGGGUACAAAAAUAUAUAACAUGAAUCUCCUUGCCCUUUCUUUGACAAAAAAAAUUGCAUAUGGGUGAUGUUCUACUCAGCACUGUGGUUAACAGGACUCAAUUUUCAUUCAUAAUGUGAUACUCUGGAUGAAACCAAAGACAAAAUGUUCCCUCUGGCCUGCGCUAAAGCCUCUCUGAAGACUUUAACCUACUCAAGUUCAAAGGAGUAAAUCCAGAAGAAGGAUAGACAGCAACACACCUGGAAUGAUCUUGGUUGCAGGGGAUGCCCAGAAGACGUGUGACGGUUCACCUACUGUGAGAUAGGAUUCCAUUCUAGUUUUUUGUUUUUGUUUUGGUCAGGUUAAACUCCAGACUCCUCCAGACUUUCUUUUGUGGUAUGUUUCUAGGAGGAGGUCUGCGAUUCAAAGCUCUGUGUCUGAGCCCUUUUUCUUCUUUUUCUUUUUGCUGCUCCAGAACAUUUCCUAUGAAAAUCCGCUCUUUACCACUGAAUCAGAACAAAUGGCAAUCUGCGGAAAAUCCAGUUUGCUGUUUCUUCUGAUUCACCGUUAAAGAGAGGGGUUCCCCAGGGAAAGCAGUAGGGCAGAAAGAAAGAAAGAAAGAAAGAAAGAAAGAAAGAAAGAAAGCAGCAUUCAGACAUGCAGCUUUAAAGUAUAAACCUGUACUUAGAAAGCACAGGGCAAAGUGUGAGUGAGUCUUUCCUUGCUCUUAAUCUCUCCUGAGAUUAAAGCCAAAGACAGCAUGUGCUGCACAUGUUGUCUUAUGGAAAUCAUGUAGACUUUACCAACAAAGGUUUCAUUCAGCAAAGGCCAUUUAAAAAAAACCUGCAUUGCUUUCAGGUUCUGCCCAUGUUAUUGCUUUGUAUUGAUUCUGGCUGGGAUACUUAGGAGUCAUUUCCACUUGAUCUCUUUGUGAAUUGCCCCAUCCCAGAUUUUUUUCCCAUAAGGGUGGAGAACCUUUAAUUAAUGACAUUAUUAUUCAGAGACGAUAAUUAAUAAAGUCUCUCCCUAUGCCCAUAGGAUGCUGAAGAAUAAGGUGGCUGUAUUUCUAAUUAGUACUCUUGCUUGAUGCUCCUUCCAGGCUCAUUGAAACAAGACAGCUUCCUGGUGGUGAACAAAGAUUCUAACCGUCUGAUAUUCAUUAGUAAGGCAGACAAAGGAGUGCAGGUGAGAAAGCUCCUAGAGCAGGGGUACCCUCCAGAUAUUGUUGUACUCCAGCUCCCAUCGGCCCCAGCCAGCAUGGCCAAUGGGGCUGGGUACAGCAACCUCUGGAGGGCCUUCUGGAAGCUUUCUCUGCACUGUGCCUUAUAAUGAAUCAGUUGGUUAAAUCUUUGUUCCUGCAAACUGUCUUUGCUGAGCCUAAAUCAGCAAAUUUUAAAUGCAGCUCUAUGAUUCUCGGCAUCCUAUGGGCAUAGGGAGGACUGUGUGUGUCUCUGAAUAAUGUGUCGUGAGUAAGGUUCUCUGCCUCAGCUGGGAUGAACAGUCUAAAGAAGAUGGAAACAACUCUGUCCCAGCCCGUCAAAACAAUAAGCAUGGGCAAGUGAAAGCAAUACGGGACACAAAUGACAUUUAGCAGAUGGAAACCUUUGUGUCAGAAAGUCUACAUGACAAGACAACAUGUGCAGCAUGCUACACUUUAUGGGAGGUAAAGAGCGAAAGGAAGACCACUCACACUUGCUAUUCACAAAUGCAGGUUCGCAAAGCUGCAUGUCUGAUAUACUCUUUUCUUCUUUCUUUCUGCUACACCACAGAACACCUAUGCGAACGGUGAAUCAGAAAGAGCGGCAGAGCUGUACUCACGAGUACCUGUGGUAAGAGGGGUUCCCCAGGGAAAGCAGUAGGGCAGAAAGAAAGAAAGAAAGAAAGAAAGAAAGAAAGAAGCAUUCAGACAUGCAGCUUUAAAGUAUAAACCUGUACUUAGAAAGCACAGGGCAAAGUGUGAGUGAGUCUUUCCUUGCUCUUAAUCUCUCCUGAGAUUAAAGCCAAAGGCAGCAUGUGCUGCACAUGUUGUCUUAUGGAAAUCAUGUAGACUUUACCAACAAAGGUUUCAUUCAGCAAAGGCCAUUUAAAAAAAACCUGCAUUGCUUUCAGGUUCUGCCCAUGUUAUUGCUUUGUAUUGAUUCUGGCUGGGAUACUUAGGAGUCAUUUCCACUUGAUCUCUUUGUGAAUUGCCCCAUCCCAGAUUUUUUUCCCAUAAGGGUGGAGAACCUUUAAUUAAUGACAUUAUUAUUCAGAGACGAUAAUUAAUAAAGUCUCUCCCUAUGCCCAUAGGAUGCUGAAGAAUAAGGUGGCUGUAUUUCUAAUUAGUACUCUUGCUUGAUGCUCCUUCCAGGCUCAUUGAAACAAGACAGCUUCCUGGUGGUGAACAAAGAUUCUAACCGUCUGAUAUUCAUUAGUAAGGCAGACAAAGGAGUGCAGGUGAGAAAGCUCCUAGAGCAGGGGUACCCUCCAGAUAUUGUUGUACUCCAGCUCCCAUCGGCCCCAGCCAGCAUGGCCAAUGGUCAGGAAUGAUGCUGUUGUGUUGCCUAGCCCUAACCCCAUUCAAGCACAGAGGCAGACACCUCUUGGAAUGUUGCCAGCCCCUGAGUUCUUCCAGGCCAUAAGGCAUUGCCUUAUCAGAUUCAGAAGACUCACUCUCAGAGCAGUCUCCAUCACCUCAAUGUCAUAAGAGUCAAUGGCUCCAGAAUAAGGCAGUGGCCCUUUUAGGCUACAGACAGCUCCUCUGAGUGGAUAGGUCCAACUAGUUCUAGGCUAGCCAGCCUUCAGUUGGCUGUGGGAGAUCUGUGCACAGCUUCUUCCUAGGUGCAAGAUACACUAGCCAGCUUUCUCACAGUGAUUUGCCCAUGGUCCUGACCACAUCUGCCUUGUCUGUAUUAUCCCGUGAACCAGACACUGACGACAAAGAAAGAUGGGGAAAUUACUGGAAGGAUUUGAGAGAGACCUCAAAUCUUCAAGCACUAAUUGAGGACUGCUGUCUCUUUCCAGGAAGGCUGCUUCACCAUUGAUGGAGUCUUCAGUCUGGACACUGGGCAGGUACAACAUACCCAGGAUAUUGUUCUGUGCAGCCCUUGCAAUAUAUAACUUGAUGGUGUGCUGAGCUAGGGUGGAACACUUGGUGCACCAAUUUUGAUUUCUGACAUGACAGCUUUGAUUUCACAAAUGAGAGCUAGUUCUUAGGAUAUUUUGAGAGGUUCAAGUCCCCACCACCACAAUCUAGGGCAGCUGUUGUGGCAGUGAAGUCUAUAAAUUAAUUUUGCACUGUGUGAAGAAAUACCUUAUUUUGUUUGUCCUUUCUGCCAAUUAUUAUCACUAGAUGGUCCUGAGUUCUAGUAUCACAGCAGAGGGACUUUAUCUCCACCAUGCAUAAUUUUAUAAAUUUCCAUUAUGCAUUCCCCGGCCUUUUUGCCAAGCUAAGCUACUGAGCUUUUCUUCCAUGUGAAAACAACAAAUGUGUUAGCAUUAGCAGCAUAAUUUGUUGCAAACAAGUUCCAAAAUGAAUUUGGGAAAGAAUGUUUUCACUAAAUAUUUCAAUAUUUAAUUUGUAAAAAAGAAAAACGGUUCAUGCUAUACAGUAGGUUGUAUUCAGGGAAUAAACCAGUAAAGAGGGCUUCAUUUUGUCAAGUGUCUGGAGUCCUGGAACCUAACCCAAGGCCUUAUCUGGGUUGAUAUGCACUAAUGCUGGGCAUGCAGAUUAUCAUUUUUGUCCUUCACUCCAGGACAAGCUCUUCCUGGAGCAGCUGCAACCUCUGCUGGACAUGGUGCCUUUGGGCUACAGUGUGUCCCUGCUGGUUUGUGAAGCCCAUCACGACGGAACCCAGACACAGAUUCAAGCCUUUGUCCAGAAGGUGAGGGAGACUUCUAUACUGUAAUAUGUAGUCAUUAUGGAAUGAAAUUAUGAACAGGGGAGGAUGAUACUGUAGAUGGCACCUGACUCUUAGAAAGAAGGAUGCUACCUAUGAGAGCUUUGUUGUUGUUGUUUAGUCGUUUAGUCGUGUCUGACUCUUCGUGACCCCAUGGACCAGAGCAUGCCAGUUACUCCUAUCUUCCACUGCCUAUCGCAGUUUGAUCAAACUCAUGUUAGUAGCUUUGAGAACACUGUCCAACCAUCUCGUCCUCUGUCGUCCCCUUCUCCUUGUGCCCUCCAUCUUCCCCAACAUCAGGGUCUUUUCCAGGGAGUCCUUCUCGUCUCAUGAGGUGGCCAAAGUACUGGAGCCUCAGCUUCAGGAUAUGUCCUUCCAGUGAGCACUCAGGGCUGAUUUCCUUCAGAAUGGAUUGGUUUGAUCUUCUUGCAGUCCAUGGGACUCUCAAGAGUCUCCUCCAGCACCAUAAUUCAAAAGCAUAAAUUCUUCGAUGAUCAGCCAUGAGAGAUUACAUGCAGUUCAUUCCCCAUAACAUUGGGGUGGGGAACCUCAGGCUCAGGGGCUGAAUGUGGCCCUCCAAUGUUCUCCAUGUGGCCCUCAGGACUUUCCCCAAUCUGUGCCUCAUCCUCAGUCCAAAGCCCUCACUGGCCCAAUAGCACUUUGCCAGUCUACACGUGAAAGGCUUCAAUUCCAUUGCACACUGAGAAACUCACCACAAAUCAGCAGCUCAGAAAACACCAGAUUGCAUUGUGGGCUGAUAAUGACAUCAUUGGGCUGUUUUGUGAUACUCACCAAAGUACUGAACAACAAUUCCAAAAGGAUGCAAAAGCAUCAGUUGUAAGCAGCCACUUGUGUAUGCAAGGCAUAAACUCUGAUGAGUUGCAUUUUUCUUUCUUUCUCCCAUUUGUCUUCAGGUAAUAGAAUCUGUCUUGCAAGAAACUAGCCCUGCCAAAAAUAGUACUCAGUACCUCCAAACCAUCACCUUUGUCCAGGUGAGCAUACCUUGCAUAGGGUGGCACCAGCUUUAUGCACUCAAUGCUCUUCCAUAAAACCGUUCUUGUAAGUUGCCUGUGUCCUCAUUGCUAUGGCCCAUGGGCCACUGUCCCAAGUAUCUGUUUGUUCUGCAAGCCAUGGAAGCUGUAUUUUCGUUUUCACUGAUGUGACUAUAAUAGUUUUUGCACUUUCGGGUUUGCCAUUGCCAUUUUCCAGGGUUCAUCCCAGUCACAGCUGUAUUGAUACUUUUCUCACAUCCAUCCCAUUUCAGAUCUACACAGAUGGAAAGGCUCAAGACCUCCUCAGCCCCAGAAGUCAAGUCCUGCAGGUGAUGGACCUCCCUCCACUGGGGCUGUAAGCAUCCAAUUCCAAGGCUAUGGUGUUAGAUUGGUCUUUGUUGAGGAGGAGAGGAAACAUUAGCACAGAAAACAGAGAAGAAUCUGGGAUUUCACUUUUUAUUACUCAGAGAUCAGGGAGAAUUUCACCCAAUGGAACAGAAUAUGACAGGGCUGUUCAACAGUGGAAUGGACUCCCUUGGGAGGUGGUGGACUUUCCUCCCUUAGAGGAUUUUAAGCAGAGGUUGGAUGCCUGUCUGUCAUGGGUGCUUUAGUUGAGAUUCCUGCCUUGCAGAGGGCUGGACUAGAUGACCCUUGGCGUCCCUUCCAACCCUACAAUUCUGUGAUUCUAUGAAUGGCUGGGGAGGGAUCUGACUGGAUGGUAUGCACAAGAAAUUUCAUUCAGACAGACUACAGUUUAUGUAAGACAUAAGGAAUGUGAAUAUGUUGUUGGUUUUCUUGUCCUGGCACUUUCCCUAGGAAAAUCUGUGUUUUACCACUGAAUUGGAGCAAACAGCAAUCGGGUUUACCCAGGAAAAGUGCCAGGGUAAAAAAACAACAUCAUGCUUGACCAUGGAGCUGUAAAGCUUGGACCUGUGCCUGGAAAGGGUGGCGUAAAUUCUGGAUGAGCCCUGCGUUUCUGAGGAACCUCUGACCACCCUCCUUAUUAUUUCUAUGGCAGCCUAAUUAAGAUGCCUCACACUAUCAACUCUCUCCUUCUCUCUUUAGGAUGGUAGAAGAAGCAACUGAAGUAGUUGUGGCCAAUUCACAAGCUGCCACUCAUUGCUACUUGCAGGGGAUGUCAUUGCACCAAAGUUAUUUGCAGAAAUCUUUCCAGGAGCAGCACAAAGCAGCCAUGUAAGGGCAGCAGAAAGGAAAGUGCUCUUUUGAGGGGAAGAGAGCAGCACACACAGCUAACGCUGCUCAAGAUUCUGACAUUCUCUCUGAUGCACCUUCCUGAACUUGGAGCUCUCCACUCGAGAGGCAGAAUAUUCUCCUCCUGCAAUCUGUGCCACUUGAGUGCCCCUUAGAAGUGUACUGGCCAGACUUUGGCCUUGCUCACAUAUGUGCAGCUCAUAAGCUGCUUGCUUGCAUCAUGGACAUGCAGUUUAGCUUCAGGAGCUGCACAGUCACUGGUAAAAUCACUACUCUUUGGUGGAAAGUUGAGACUGAGUCAGCCCACACUUUUUCCUGGGUGCCCUGCAGAUUAUCUGAAUGAGAACUUCCACCAGACCCAGUCAGCAUGGCCACUUAGGAUGGCAGCUGUAGCCCAGAACAUUGGGAGGGCACCACAUUGGCGUCCCCUGCACUAGGCCUUUGGCUUCUGUGACUUACGAUCAAAGAUUUGCUUUUUAAAGCACCAUCAUUUCUUGCUGAACCCCAAGGCUAUUCUUACUCAUGAUGACACAAGAAUACUUCCCUGCCAGUCCUUUCAGUUUGAGGAAGGAAAGAGCUAAGAACUUGCACAAUGCCUGCUAGGAACCAAUUCUGCAGCUGCGCUUCACGCCCCAGGUUUUACAGGAAUGCCACAGCCGUUUCACGUGUUUUUAGAAUGUACACAGCAGCAUCCCAGCAGUGAGCUGCCCCUUUAACUUAUAUACAUUCAAUCUGAAGUUUAACAGACACCCGUCCAUCCACAGUUGUCUCUUCUCUGCACAUUUGGGACCUUGCAUUUCUAGGGUUCGGAUCUUACUAAUUCAGUCAUGCGGCAAGAGGUGGGGUGCUAUUGCUUGCUGGGACUGUGAGGGAGAAGGGCAAGGGAAGCACUAGCUUGGAGGUGAGGAGCACAGAUACACACACACUUGUGCCCCCCUGCUGCCACCAGCCCACUGCCUUCUGCACCUGGCCUUGGAGAACAGUCAUGCACUGCACUAUAAAAAGAAAAAAUCUGAUCUGGGAGGUAAUCAGUAGCUGAAGCUGUAGCUGUCCUGGUAUGCCAAGGAGUUCCAGAGUAUACCAGUCUGUCUGGAUGAGGGAUGUUGCUUAGGGAAGCAGUGUAGGAUGAGGCACAUCAAUAUCUGGCAGAGACCUUUGCUUCACCCGACAGCAGAGCCGGCCCAGGGUCAAGGAUUGGCACCAUCAGGCAGUUUAUUGAUCCACUGCCUAUCAUGCCACUAACUCUAUCUGCUUGCUGGCUUGUUUAUGAGACACCUCAUAAAAUAAUUUGUCUAGGGGGCUGUAUAUAUAAAAGAGAACAAAAACGUAACAGUAAAACCACACUGUAAUAAAACCAAAUUAAACUUAAGAGAAUCAAUCUCCAAAAAUAGCACAGCUGUAUUAAAAAUAACAAUUGCCCUUGCAGGUGAGAAAGGAAGGCAGGAAAGGAAGUGGCAGCCUUUUGUCCAAGUGACUCCAAACCUUUGCCUGGCUUAGAGAGGCACACACAUUCAUUCAUUCAUUCAUUGACUGCUCUUUUGUGCAAAUCUGGUAUAUAUUAAAAACUUGUAUUUCAUUAUUUUUCUUUUAAAAGGUGUGUGUUCAUAGCUGCAAAUGCAUGUCUGGAUACCCACAAAGAAACUCAAGUUCCCUGGCUAGCAGCGACCCACGUACAUUUUUUAAACUGCUCUUUUGUGCAUAUCAUAUAUGCUUGUGCGCGCAAGGAAAUGUAAAAAAGGGGUUGUAUUAAAUGCUGUGCUAGCAGAGCUCCACUGGUGCAAAAGGACUUCUGUUUCCUCUUCCCACUCUCACCCUGCCCCCAGUGUGCCCUCAAAAUCUGCUGUGGAAGGUUCUGCAACCCUCCAGAGCUGAUACUGAGGGUGCACAGCGUGCUGGAAGUGACAGGAAAGGAAGUUUCAUUGCAGACACAGAAGUCCCUUGCAGCAGCAGAGCUGCAGUGUUGGUUGCAGACCUCAGCUUCCAGGAACUUACAGUGGAUGGGGAAAUACUAAUUGAGGGGAGGAGGCAACACAAAACCUCACAAAAACCUCCCAUCAAGCACCGUCCAGGAAGCAUCAAGGUAGAUUUUGGAAGUAUAUACUUGAGUGCACUCAUGUGUGGGCAAAGGUGCACAUAUGUGCACAUGGAAACGGCAACCCAUGUAUGCAUUAACACCCUGGUCUGGACACAGCCCGAGUCAUACAUUGGUCCAUAUAGCUCAGUGCUGUUUGCUCCAUCAGGAUUCCUGAUGCAAGUUAGAAGAAAGCCUUCCAUUAUCCUUUCCCUCACCGCCAUUCCAGAACAUUACAAAAGCAGAGUUGAAGACUGCACUGGAAAUUACGCAGUGGAGCAUUAACAACGAAGCUGAGUUGCACAAUUAGGACAACAGCUUUAUGUAAAAUGUAAAUGACAAUGGCCAGAUACUGGUAGUGGGAGCUUAGAGAUGGCAAUUCUCAUUUAUCUACCCAGACCAUCCUAACCUUCUUUUUCCUACCUUCCCCCUGAGAUGUGGCAACCUCUUCACCAUCACCAUGGAGACAAAAGCAGAGGGUGGUCAGGGGCUUCAGCGUGCUGCCGUCAAGAUCUUUGAGUUUUCUGGAGGAAAUGAGCAACACCCUGCUGAUCCGUGAGUAUGGGGUGGGCCUCAGCAGAGGUCAAGCAGAUUAUCAGAGAAUGUGCAGGAAGCACAAGGCCUCCUUUUCUGGGAAUGUGUAGCCCCUAAAUCUUUGAUACUGGGGCACAGUCACCUUCACUGCUCAGGACUCGCCCAAAUUAAUUCUGCUUUAAGAAAUGUGCUUAUUCUCUGCCUGCUGGCUGAUCUGUUCCUUGCUGCUCCUUUCCUGUACAGUUUUUUGCCUCUUUUCCGAGCUUCAUCUGCUGCGGCUCUUCCUGCUGACACAGGGUUCCUCUGCUGGAUGCUGAAGCAUUUGCUGGAAGAAAAUGCCCUCACCUUCCUGCUGUUGUGCCUCACCCUGCCAGGUACCACAAUUACACGUAUCUUUUUCUUUUGUGUGAUUUUGAAGGAAGGUUGUUUUUGCUGUAGCUCGUCAAGCACUGUUCCCUUCUCAAGUACAGUGGUACCUCGGGUUAAGUACUUAAUUCGUUCCAGAGGUCUGUUCUUAACCUGAAACUGUUCUUAACCUGAAGCACCACUUUAGCUAAUGGGGCCUCCCGCUGCUGCUGUGCCGCCGGAGCAUGAUUUCUGUUCUCAUCCUGAAGCAAAGUUCUUAACCUGAAGCACUAUUUCUGGGUUAGCGGAGUCCGUAACCUGAAGCGUAUGUAACCUGAAGCAUAUGUAACCCGAGGUACCACUGUACAUACAUGUUCGAUGAUCUGAUUGUGAGGCUUGUUGGUUUUUCUCCAAAGACCUGAAAAAGGCUCUUCUGCCUGAAGUAGACAAUGUCUCCAUCCAUUAGAUGGGGAAAGGAUACUUUGCUUCUGGGCACUUCCAUACCACAGGCUUAAAACAGUUUAAUAUUAAUCUUGGGACCCUGAGAUUUGCAGUUCUGUGACAGGAAACUAAGGUUCUUAUCACUUUACCAAACUACACUACCAUGAGUAAUAUCAAUUUAUUAUCAAUUUACAGCAUUUUCAUACUCCCCAUUAACAAUUCAUUCUCUAGGUGGUUUGCAUUAUUCAAAAAACAUUGUGCUUUGAAUAAGUAAGGUGAUUUGUUUGUUCCUUGUUUCUUUUAUUUUAUUCUGGUGUGCUGAGCUGAUUCUGCCUCUUCACUGCAAAAGGGAACUGGAGAAACAUCUGUCUUAAAAGCCCUAACAUUUUAAAAACUCACAGGAAGUGACUGUUUCAACCAAUGUCAAACAUGCUUAUGCAAAGCAUUUUUUCCACUCUGUCUUAUAAGCAGCAGUGGUUGUUUUUCAGUGGAAUUGGUAAGAAAAAACAUUGCCACAAAUACAUAGCCCCAACAUUUACUCAACCACUCUAAGGCCAAAAUAUUAGCAAGUUCAUAGCUUGGAUUUGUUUCUUCAUAAAACAUAUAGGGCAGAGGAAUUCUUAACAUAGGUUGCAGCUUAAAUAUAAAAUCAGCCUGCUUCUGCACUACAGAAUUUAAAAUAAACAAGCUAGAAUCUGUUUGCUCCUCCUUGAAAAGCCGCACUUUGAGAAUUCAAAAUCACCAAACUGGGACUGUUGUGUAGGGUUUUAAUAUUUAUCCUUUAACUAAUGAGCAGUGAAAAAAUGCUAGCUAGAUAUUUUUUAGGCCAAUGAUAAGAUUUCUUUGCCUGUUGAAAGCAUGAAGGAAACAGUGCAAACCAAGUGGGAAGUGGCUGCAGCAAGUGUAUACAGCUAAUCUUCACAGCCAGCUGAAUAAACGCAGCCCAGCAGGUGGGUUCUCAUACACUCUGCUGCGACUUGCACGAGAAUAAUACACUGCAAUUCUCACGCCAAUAACGUUCUGUGUAAAAGAGUUUUAAAACUUUACUGCAAUAGCUUUAUAAAACAAAAACUACCGCCAUGAAAUAUAAAAAUACAACAUGAACAUAAAAUUAAAUACAUAUAAAAUAACAUCAAAAUAAAACAAGUUUAAAACUUGUGGUUGUAGGAUAGUUAUCCUUCUCGUGUUGGUUCAGAUCCAGCACAAGUAUAUUGCUUUAGGGGAAGAUCUGGUUUAUUUUAUUAGCAGGAAAGGCAGUUAGUCUCAGUAGCCCCUGCUGGAAACUGAGUGGCACCUGUUUAAUCUGGAAACAAAAUCUUUGCAGAGUACUACUACUACUACUACUAAAGUUAGCUGUGCUAACUCAGGGCUUACCCCACUUACCUUUCCUCUGCUCUGUCUAGGAACAGGCCACAUUUUAAAGCACUGGGUCUGAUUGCCCUUUUGCAUUUCUUUUUUGCUCUGGAGCUUCCUCUGCAAAAACCCGCUUUUUAAAGCUCAGUUGGAGCAAACAGCAAUAAUGGAAAACCUGAAUUGAUGUCCAAGUGCUAAAGAGCAGGUUUUUGCAGGGAAAGCCCUGGAGAAAAACACACACACACCAAAUGCACACUUGGACAUAGAGCUUUUAAGCAUGGACCUGUACUUGGAAUGAGCAAGGCAAAAUAUGUGUGGAUAAGCCCACAGUGUGUCUUUAUCAGAGUUUUAAAAGAGAAUGAUGUUUGCCUCAAGUGGUGACUACUACUCAAGAGGCCAACCAAGAAACCCAGAUGUUACAAAGUCUGGCUGAGAGUUUUGUGGGGUUUUUCCCAGAUGCUUCUGGAGAAGAGAUACGGUCUGCCAUCUCACUGACUGAACAAGUGAGGACUGUGACAAAGAAAGUGGCACCAGUCCAUUGGGAUCCCACUCAUGAGGCUCAGAAACGAAGAGAGGUGAUAGGAGAGCUGAGAGCCCAGCUGUCCUUCAGGAGUCGGAUGGAGCAGGAGAGCAUGCUCAGCCAAUUGGAGAGGGUGAUCAAGGAGAUACAGGUAACUGCGCAGCAUCAGCAUACAGUGAUACCUUGGUCCAUUCCGGAGGUCCGGUUGUAAACCAAAACAGGUUGUAACCCAAGGCGUGCUUUUGCCAAUGGGGCCUCCAAAAAAAAUAUUGGUUGUAAUCCAAAAAGAGAGAGGUUGUAAUCCAAAAAACAGGGACACACACUUCAGGGUUUGACGUGCUUGUAAUCCAAAAUGGUUGUAAUCCAAAACGGUUGCAAACCAAGGUACCACUCUAGUUGGUAUGAACUCUGCAUAAUGAAGUAUUUGCCAGAAAUCUCAUGCAGCCAGAGUUGAAAGGCCAUGUUUGAAGCACAAUAUUCUGGACUCGCAGAAGACUGGGCAGUUAACUGUAGAAUCUCUCAGGCACUCACAAGAAUGAGCUGCAUUUAAUGGACAGUUAUCUGAAUUAAAGCCUAAAUAAGUAGAACACAGUCACCCAUAGAGCUCUGCUGGAUCAGACCAACAGAGCAUCCUGCCUCCCAAAGGGACCAGCCGGAUGCCUCCAGGGAUGUCGGAAAGAGGAGCCCUCUCCUGUUAUUGCUGCCUCGCAACUGGUAUUCCCUGGGAUACUGCCCCCAUGUGUGAGAGUUUCACAUGGCCAUUAUGACUAAUAGUUGAUACAGGACUUGACAGCUGUAAACACGUCACAUUGUAUUCUAAAACCAAGUUUAUUUGCUAUAUAAGCACAUCUUGUGGCAGCAAGUUCCAUAAAUUAAUUAGGCACCAAAUAGUUUCAUGGGUGGAUUCCAAAUUUUAUUAUAAUGAGAAAAACUUAUGUUCACUUUCUCUACUCCAUGCAUAACUGAUAAAACUCGAGUGUGUGUCAGCCCCUGUCCCUUAGAAUUUUCCCCCCUAUGUUAUAAAACCUCGAACACAUUAGCCUUUCUUUGUAGGCAAGGUGCUCCAGUCCUCCCUGAUAAUUUUGGCUGCUCUUUCCUUCACUUUUCCAAGUUUACAACAUCCUUUUAGAGAUGGGACAACUCCAUUUAUAUGCCAUAUUCCAAUUGCAGCUGCACUGUAGGUUUGUAGGUUUGUCUGUGGUCAUUGCAAUACUGAAACUCAGUUUUAGUCUCAGUCUGUUUCCUAGUUAUCCCUAACAUUGAAUUCAUCUCACGAAGCUAAAUUAAAAUUAAACUGUAAUAUUAUUAUUUUCUUCUUAUAAAUAGAUAUAUAAAAGAUUUUGAAAAAUGUUUAGCAAUUUGAAAACAAGUUAAUUUUGAAAAUGCUAAUCAUUGGCCAGUCUCUUACAUUUUAAUUAUGGUAUCUAACCUAUGUGGGGGGUUCCCCCCCUUAAUUGCACUGCCCCCCCCCCCCAAAUCAGUACAGUCGUACCUUGGAUCCCAAAGACCUUGCAACUUGAACGUUUUGGCUCCCAAACGCCGCAAACCUGGAAGUGAGUAUUCCGGUUUGCGAAUGUUCUUUGGAACCUGAACGUCUGACGCAGCUUCCGUGGAUUCCGACUGAGUGCAGGAAGCUCCUGCAGCCAAUCAGAAGCCGCACCUGGGUUGCUGAACGUUUUCGGAAGUCAAAUGGACUCCCGGAACGGAUUCUGUUCAACAACCAAGGUAUGACUGUAAUGGAAAAAUUAAAAUUCAGACAUUUUUAAAAAUCUGAAUGAAAAGUGGUUUUACAGUAAAUUAUAUUUCUUUAAAUCAGAUCAGAACAUAUGAUUUGGCAUCCUGGAUCAGGUCAAUUCUGUUUCCAAAGAGGCCAGUCAAGUACUUCUGGGAAGCUCAACAGUGGGGAAUGGAGGCAGAACUCCCCGUGUUGUUUGUCCCCAGCUGCCCCUGUGCUCCAGGUUUUUAAUUUAGCUGUCAUAGUGUUUCAGGUGCUACACUUUACUGGCCUAGUAGUUGACAAGGAAUCUUACGAUGCAUUCCAUGAAGUGCUUUUGAAGGGAUAUCCCUUCUCUGGUUUUAAAAAAUCAAGGGGUUAUCUCACAAUCUCUUAGGGUACACAGUUGUGGUAGAUGUGCAUUUGUGUAGGUUGAGGUACUUUCCAAAGCUCUAAGGAUAGGGCUGGUAAAGCCUUCUUUCUCUCGUUCCCAUCAGCUGACGGGGAGGCGAGAAGAAAGCCUGCAUUUUGCAAACAUCAGCUGCAUGAGGGAGAAGUCCCUUUUAGAGCUGAUGCCUGCAGAAACCCAGGGCUGCUUGAUUUGGCUUCGUGCGCAGAUUGGCUUGGAGGCCAAUCCCCUAGUCGAGGAAUAGCAUAACCACUGGCUUAGACUAAUCAGUAGGUUGAAUAUGUUCCACAAUUGAGUAAACUGGUAAGACAAUCCGGGUGCACCUGUUGCUUUGUGUUGAUUUGCGGCAGAAUGUGGCAAAAAUGUAAAGUACAAUGGGCAAAAAUGUAAAGUACAGUGGGCUGCCCAGAACAUUUAUUAUUAUUGAUUAAAUUUAUAUAUCAUCAUUCAUCCAUAGGGCGGUUCACAACAACAUUUCUGUUUCUCCAUGUUGCAAGAAAUUUCAGAUAGGGUAGGGGUUGGUUCGAGUGUGUGUGCACGUGUCCCUAUGCGAAGGAUGCUGGCAGGAGAGAAAUGAACUCACUUUAAAACUCACAUUGUGCCAACUCAGGGCCAGCCCAUCCAUGAGUCAGCUGCCUCGGGUGGCAGAAUCCAAGGGGCACCCCCAUGGGCAUGCCUCCCCUCCGUCCCCGCUGCCAGAAAAGCAAGGAGAAGCGCCUGUGGCAGCUUCCGGCUUCCAGAAGAUCUCGGAAGCCACUGCUGCCAUUCAGAUUCAUUGAGUCCUUCUGAAUGGCCAUAGAAACUAGUGGAGAUGGUAACCACUUGCAUGGUUUUGCUUGCUAAGUGUUUGGCUAUUACAGCAGGGCAGGGUGGAGGGCUCCAAGAAGUGUGCCCGCAAUAGCUGUAAACUAUUUUGAGGCUGAGGAAUUGGGUUCGACUGUUUUUAAGGUUCUGAAAAGCCAACGGUGGAAGAAAAAGAAAGAGGCCUCAGCAUAUGAAGCAAAGGCUACUUCUCCUGAAGUCAGGGUAAGCACUUCUCAGCUAUUUCAGCUUAUCAGACCCACCCUGUAACUUUAGGGGAAUAAAUUUUUUGUCCUAGUAUACAGUGUAGCAGGAAGCCCAGUGUAGAAGUUCACAGUGGAACUGUCAGGAACCCAAAAACUGUAAGAGUACCCUCAUAUGGUUUCGUCUUUAUGCAAUUGGCUUUUGAAGUGCACUGGCCCUUUCAUUUGGAAAAGAAUCUUAUUGCAUCUUGUUUAUUAUUUUAGGAAUAACAAAAAUAAGCAGUGUUACAUGAAAGUGCAUGUAUGCGUGUUUGAGAGGGAGUAGGUGUCUGCCAAUCCCCAGUCCUAAUUGAGCAAACCAAGGGACCUGCUAGGCCCAAAAAUGUCCUCUGCAGUCUCUUUCACUCUCUGUGUGAAGGGGGUUCAAGGUAGAGAGAAUUCUGUUAGGAUACCAGUAUCAUUGCCACUCUGUAUUUUGAAUCACUUGACUAUGUUCCACUUCAGGGUAAAAUUACGUUAGAUACGGAUGAUGGGGGUGAACUUGGGAAUCAGCAAAGCCAAGAUGAUACACAGCAGGAGAAAGAAACAUCAGGUUUGAAAACAAUUCAAGGCUGGAAUUACUCUGUACCUAUCUGGAGGUGA